CUUUUUUUUCUGAAGCUGGUUUCAUUUUUUGUGUCUUUCCUACACCCGACAACUCCAUAGAUUUUUUUUUGUUCACGAUCAAGAACAACAUCAACAACAACCAUAUAUACAACAGGUUAAUUUUAACAAGGACUUGAAUAACAAUAUCACAUAAUGUCAUCCAGUGUCCCUUAUGAUCCAUACAUUCCUUCUGAGAGUACCACACAAACACAGGGGAACUCGAAGACCGCUGCUCUUCAAUCUGAAAUCGAUGAUACUGUCGGUAUCAUGAGAGACAACAUCAACAAGGUGAUGGAGCGUGGUGAGAGACUCGAUUCGAUCGAGGACAAGGCUGAUAACUUGGCUGUUAGUGCCCAAGGUUUCAGAAGAGGUGCAAACAGGGUAAGAAAACAAAUGUGGAUGAAAGAUAUGAAGAUGAGAUUCUGUCUCGUGCUCGUUGUCAUUAUCUUAUUGAUUGUCAUCAUCGUUCCAAUCGUUGUACACUUCACCUGAGUUGAGUUCUCUCUUCAGGGUGUGUAUUGAUGUGACUCUUUGUUUACUCUAGCUUUAUGGUUUGAAUACUUUAUAUACGUCGUACAUGUUUUUUGUGUUUUAAUUAUGAGUACGUGUAUGAGUGUUUACCCAUGCCUUGAAGGUUGUACC